AUGAAAGAACUUGAGACAAAUGUCGUUGAAGACGAUAAUGAAGACCAGUUUGAAAUUUACCAGCAGCCAGAAGACGACGAUGAAUUCUGCAAUUACAAUUCUGCAAUUACAUGGGCAGUAUCAUUCCAGGUAACAGCCAAAGCGAUUGCUAAACAAGUCGGCAUAAUCAAGUCAAAAGACGUUAUAGACGCCUUCAACGUGAACAUAUUAGAAACUCUACCUCCAAAUAUUAAAGAUAAGGCAAUAGUCAUUCAUGGUUCUGCGUUAAGAGAUGCCACCAACCAGGAAUUGGACAACAUACUGUUCAAUUUCAAGGAAAUUGUUUUCGCGAGGACUUCACCAACACAAAAAUUGCAUAUCGUUGAAGGCUGUCAAAGAUUGGGAGAAAUUGUUGCUGUCACAGGGGAUGGUGUGAAUGAUGCUCCGGCCCUGAAAAAGGCAGAUAUCGGCAUUGCUAUGGGUAUAUCUGGCUCAGAAGUAUCACAACAAUCCGCAGACAUGAUCCUUCUCGACGACAAUUUCGCCUCGAUCAUCACAGGAGUCGAGGAAGGUCGUAGGAUAUUCGACAAUCUAAAGAAGUCUAUCGCUUACACACUGGCGUCGAACGUACCGGAAAUUUUACCGUUUUUGAGUUUUGUUCUUCUCAACAUUCCACUUCCAUUAGGUGUCAUGGCCAUUUUAUGUAUAGAUCUUCUAACAGACAUGUUGCCAGCUAUCAGUUUAGCCUAUGAAACGGCCGAAAGCGACAUCAUGAUGCGCCCACCCAGAAACCCGAGGAAAGAUAAACUCGUGACCGGGAAGCUGUAUUUCCUGGCUUAUGGACAUAUUGGUAUGAUAGAAGCUCUAGGCGGGUUCUUUGUUUACUUCGCCAUUAUGGCCGAAAAUGGAUUCUUUCCUAGUAGACUCUUCGGUAUUCGUGAAGAAUGGGACUCGGAAUCUAUAAAUGAUUUGAUGGAUUCCUACGGACAGGAAUGGACAUAUGAACAUAGAAAACAACUGGAAUAUACUUGCUACACCGCUUUCAUGAUAUCAGUUGUGGUGACACAAUGGGCUGAUUUGAUCGUUUGUAAGACCAGGCUAAAUUCGAUUUGUAAACAGGGAAUGGGUAACAUGGUAUUAAACGUUAGUUUGGUAGUAGAAACAGUUGUUGCUUGCAUGUUGUCGUAUCUUCCAAAGAUGUAUUAUUUAAAAUUCUAUCCAAUUUUAUUCAGAUGGUGGAUUUACUCCUUUCCUUUUGCCAUAUUCCUCUUCAUAUUCGACGAAUUCAGAAAAUGGCGCCUUCGUAAAUAUCCUGAUGGAUGGUACCGAAAAGAAACUUACUACUAAUCGUUUGAAACCACCUCGUUUGUAUUUUUUAUGUAGUUUGUAAUUUUGUAGUUGAUAUGUUUGACAGUUUCGGAAGUACAUUUUUUUUGUAGUAAAGCUAUAAAAAUUAGAUAUAUAACUGUUGGGAUUUGUGGUUGUUGAAAAAUGUGUAGUUCAAGAAUAACGUUAUUUUGAAGAAGUUAGAUUACUUGACGUUAUAUUAUUCACCACGUUGCAUCAUUACAACAAAUGUCAUUUCAUUCAUCACAUCAUAACAUGUCCAUCGCAACUGUAUUGAAUGUCACUGGAUGUCACAACAUUUGAAUAAAUAAAGAUUUUAAGUUUUUAUUUCCUAAAA